CUACUUUCUUUGUUUGCAAUUUGUAUAUUGUAAUAUAAUUUUAAAAUUCAAAUUUCUGUCCAGCCCGUAAUGAGCCUGAUUUAUUUUAUGAGUUAACGCAAUUAAUAACGAUUGUUUACAAUAUAUUACAAUAAAAAAAUAUUAAAUUGAGUGCGUGAUUUUAUAAUAUUAGUGUCUAGAUAAUUGUGCCCUGGCCAUCAGCAUCUUCCUAGCUGUACCUAUACAAAUUUUUAUUGCAUCAAAACUGAAAACCAUGAUCAAAGUAGAAGAAGAAUAUGAACAAUCCCAAGAACAUAUCACCAAAGUCGAUGAAGAAAAAUCAAAAUCCACUUUUAUUCCUGAAAAUGAAAAGUCAAAUAAUGGUGUAGUGCCCCAGACCUUAAAUGAAGUCAAUACUUACAAUGUUAUAAAUAAGUACAACGGUACGAUUGUGAAAGUUGAAAAAGAUAUAUUGAACGGAUAUUGUUUCGAGUCUGUGGUGGAAAUUGAAGAAAACCGGUUUUUGGAUAUAAAACUGACAAAUUACGAAUUGGACCAAGUACGGAAAUUUGUCUGUGACAUUUGCCAAGAAGCGUUUACUACCAAAAGAAAAGUAGCCGGGCACAUAAGAGAAACACAUAGUGUAAACAGGACACUCCAGAAAAGUUGUGGAAAAAAUGUUGUUGGAAACACACUUAGUAAUCGAAUUGCACCGAAGAUAGACUGUAAAAAUUCUGCAAAAAAACUGGGAUUGUUCCAUUGUAAUUUGUGUCAAAAAUCGUACAUCACUAAAAAGCAAAUAACAUUACACAUAAUACAAGCCCACCAAACAUUAACAAUCAAACCCUUGUCACGAAAACCUUACUCUAAACAUUACAAUAAGAAUUCUAAAGCAUUAAACAAAAGUGACAGCCAAAACUAUAAAUGUAAUGUUUCUUCAAGGUCAUUUCCAAGGUCAUCCGGCCUCACAAAUCACCAAAAAGUGCACACAGGGAAAAAGCCCUACAAAUGUAAUGUGUGUUUAAAAGCAUUUUCACAAAAAUCUGUCCUCGCAAUACAUCAACCCGUUCAUACUGGUGAAAAGCCAUACAGUUGCGAUAUGUGCCCAAAGUCAUUUUCUGUUAAAUGUAGACUCACAAGACACAAACUAAUACACUCUGAUAUUAAGCCAUUCAAAUGUGACGUAUGUUUAAAGUAUUUUACUGAAAGAUCAGAACUCCAAAUACACGAACGACGCGUGCAUACUGGUGUAAAGCCCUACGAAUGCAAUGUGUGCUCGAAGAGAUUUUUUGAUACAUCUGAACUCAAUAGGCACACGCGCACACACACUGGCGAAAAGGCAUUCAAAUGCAAUGUGUGUCAUAUUUCAUUUUAUGAAAAAUCCCACCUUACAAAUCACGAAAAAGUGCACACAGGAGAAAAGCCCUAUAAAUGUGAUGUGUGCCUCAAGUCUUUCUCCCGCAAGGACACUCUCGCUACACACGAACGCGUGCAUACUGGUGAAAAGCCCUAUAAAUGUGAUGUGUGCAAAAAGACUUUUUCACAAAAGGUUCACCUUGCUCAACAUGAACGCGUGCACACUGGUGAAAAGCCUUAUAAAUGUGAUUGGUGCUCUAAGUCAUUUUCUGUAUCAAGCAGCCUCAAAACCCACAAACGCGUGCACACCGGUGCAGGCGUUAAAAAGCCUUAUAAGUGUGACAUAUGCUUAAAAACGUUUUCUGAUAAAAGUAAACUUACAAUACAUCAACGCGUGCACACUGGUGAAAAACCCUACAGUUGUGAUGUUUGCCUAAAGUUAUUUUCUAGGAAAUCCCACCUUACAAUUCACUCAAGCGUGCACACUGGUGAAAAGAAUUACAAAUGUGACGUGUGCAUGAAAUCAUUUUCUCAUAAAUCCACCCUAACACUACACAAGCGCGUACACUCUGGGGAAAAACCCUACAAAUGUGAUAUAUGCCUAAAGCCAUUUUCCGGCAGAUCUCAAAUUAGAAAACACAUGCGAGUACACACUAGAGAAAAGCCCUACAAAUGUGAGUUUUGCGAAAAAGCAUAUUAUGAAAAAUGUAUGCUUCAAGUACAUGUACGCGUGCACACUGGUGAGAAGCCCUUCAAAUGCCGCGUGUGCUUGAAGUCAUUUACUAAUAUGAACGACCUUAAUAGACACAAACGCGUGCACACUGGGGAAAAACCCUAUAAAUGCAUCAUAUGUUUAAAGUCGUUUGCUCAUGUGUCUUACCUCACAACACAUAAACGCAUUCACACCGGAGAAAGACCCUACAAAUGCGACGUGUGCCAUAAGUGUUUUUCUCAAAAAGCCAGUCUCACAAACCACAAGCGCAUACACUCUGGGGAAAAACCCUACGAAUGUGAUGUGUGUGUAAAGUCUUUUUUUUCUAAUAGCGGCCUCACAAAACACCAACGCGUGCACACCGGCGAAAAGUAUUACAAAUGUGAUACGUGCCUAAAGACAUUUUCUGACAAAUCUAGAAUUAAAAUACACAUGCGAGUGCACACUGGUGAGAAGCCCUUCAAAUGCCGCGUGUGCUUGAAGUCAUAUACUAAUGCGAACUCCCUCCGAAGACACAACCGCGUGCACACUGGCGAAAAGCUCUAUAAAUGCUUCAUAUGAGUUAGAAAUUAUCAUUAAAUCGACCUUUUUUAACCUUGUUUUUUAUGUAAUUAUAAUUUUACUAAUAACUAGUUUAUACCUAGUAUAAGGUAACACUUAGUGUCUAAAUAAUCGAUUACUAUUUAUAUUCUUAAUUUAAAAUGUACUUUUAAUUGUAAUAAUUUAAUGUAGAACUGUUAAUGUACUUGAUGUUAUAUAUACAAAUAAAACACAUUCGCGUGCACACUGAUACAAAUGCUUAGACAAUAUGAUGCGGGCUUAAAGAAUUAUUUUCUGUAAUAAACUUCGGACUAUCUGUAAGUGUGCAUACUGGUGAAGAGAAUAAAUGUCUAAAUUAUUUUUUAAUUAGAAAUAAUCAUUAAAUGGACCCUCUUUUUUUACUGUGCUUUUUAUGUAAUAAUUAUAUAUAUAUUUUUUUUUUUUAGGAACAAUAAUUAAUUUAUACCUAAAUAAAUAUGUAAAAAAGUCCAAAUAAACAAUGACUAUUUAUGUUCUUAAUUUAAAAUGAACUUUUAAUUAUUAUAAUUUGAUCAUAAUGUUUUUAUGUAUUUAAUUUUAAUCAUGUACAUUAUUAUUGUACUUAAUGUUUCUAUUUGUGUUAUUAUGAUUCAUUUAUUAUACCUAAAUACUACAUUAUUUUUUUCUGUACUGUCUUAUUCAUUUUUUAAGUUAUCGUUCUUUUCAAUUGUAUUUACUAAACAAUAUGUAGUAUCUAGUAGUAAACAUUUUACAGUUAAAUAAGAGGUAAAUUUGGGCAAUACGCUAUAUUGUUUUAUUUUUUAAUUUACUUCUUUUGUUUUUAACCCUAAUGUUGGUUUUGCAGUCUCCAUACUCUAUCCAUUAUUCUCGUUACCAGACAGCUUUUUCACUUCAGUGGAUCUAUGUAAUAAAGUUAUUUU